CUAACGUAAAGAAACAUUCACAACUCAGAUAUCGGAUCCUGCGCAGAUCGCGGAGAGAGAGAGCUUGCAGGAAAUUAACUUCCAUACUCUUUUAUUUUAAAAUUAAAGAACUUUUCUAAGAAAAGUGGAUUACUGUGAGUGUUCCAUAAAACGAAGACCUCAUUUAAACAGUUUUUUGCCCUCCGAUAUGUCUGGAGGUGUUGAUGUACAACUUCCCGGAAAUACGAUACUAUCUGAUCAUCACGGGCGACGAAGACCACAGUUGCUCUACCUGAACUCCAACAGGGGCGCUAACCACCGGCGGCGCCCCGUUAAAAACUCAUCCCACCAAUCUGAAAAUCUGAAGUUGGUCUCCCCGUCCGAGCUGGACACUGCACUCAGACAAGGUGGGGGCGCGAUGCCCUUAGUUUUGGAUUGCCGACCAACCUUUGCCUACGGUAAAGGGCACGUGUCCGGCGCAGUUUCUUUACGGUGUGCGGACCGUAUCAGUCGUCGGAGACUGCAACUUGGACGACUUGGACUAUGCGAUCUCGUCUCAGAUCAAAACGCUAAAGAAAAGUUACAAACUUGUCGGGGCUCCGAGGUUGUGCUAUAUGACGAUGGGACAUCUGAAGCUGAUCAAGUCACUGAUGAUCAUCCACUUUCACCUGUUAUUGCAUCCAUCAGGGACAUGGGAGCAAAACCCGUCCUAUUAAGAGGUGGAUGGCGAGAGUUCUCCAAAAGUCAAAGUGAUUCCUGUCUGUCCCCUCCAGCUAUGAACGAAGAAGAUCGUCCUUCUGAGUAUUUGCCAUCCAACUUGGAGAAUACAAAGGCCACUGCAAUCCUCCCUUUUUUGUAUGUUGGUAAUGCCAAAGAUGCCGAAGAUGUUUGCAGACUAAAAGAAUUGGGUAUCGGCUAUGUCCUCAAUGUCACUAGCCAAGUUCCCGGAUACUGCGAUGAGCAUGGCUUUGCGUUCCUUCGUUUACCAGCUAUGGAUUCCUACCAGCAAAAUAUCAAACAAUAUUUCAAGAAAGCCUUUGCUUUUAUUGAUGAAGCCCGACAACGGAACAGUGCCGUCUUGGUACACUGCCAAGCCGGAAUCUCUCGUUCUGCUACGAUCGUAAUUGCUUACCUAAUGUACCAUACUAACAUGUCUUCGAUGGAUGCUUACAAAAUGGUGAAGAACAAAAGACCCAUCAUAUCACCAAAUCUACAUUUCAUGGGUCAACUCGUGGAGUUGGAGCAUGUUCUUCGAAACAAUCAAGACUGUGGUGUUAGUUGAUGAUGAAAACUGAAACCAUGACACCUUUCGCGGAUCUGUGAAAAUUUGUCAUUGGACUUGAGAUAAUUUAUGGAGAUCUAAACCGAGAACGGGAUUCCUUAUUCCUUGAAGGUUGUAAAUGCUACAGAGUUUGCUAGGAUUACUCGACAUAAUUGUUGGAAGUGCGCAAACAAAAUAAUUACUGUUGGAAGCAAUGUGUAAGAUAGAGUGUUUGUUUCAUUGUGAAACUGUAAUAAUGUAUUUUAUAAAUAUUUAGAAAAAAAAUAUUAGUGCAUAAUGUACUAAAUCACGUUUUUAAUGAAGGUGUAAGUAUAUGAAGGAUGUAAAUAAAUUUUGUAAAAUAUCUGUAUUUUGUAACCAUAUUUUAUUGAUCAAUAAUUUAACCUUUUUUUAAUACUUUGUAUACUACAGGAGUUAGAUUAGUACACACUUGAAGCUAUUUUGAAACUUGUUAAAAUAUAAUAUUGUUAAAAUUUACUGCAUUCUUAGUAUGGGGCUAAGUCGAACCAUAUUAUCGCACUACUUCUUAUUGAUAACAAGUUAGUAUGGUUCAACGUGGACAAAAGCUGACGCCUUGUUAAAUUUGCAGCAAAUUAGUACUUUAUAUGAACUUUCAACUUAUAACAUUGGACUUAUUUUUUGAAAUUGUAAAUACUAAUGUCAUGAAAGGUAUAUGGAAAGAGAUGCAUCCUUCAUUUACAUACUCCUUCAAAAUGUAACUUGUAAAAAAAAGUGUUAAAUGUCUCUCUUUUUUUUUCUUUUUGUAAUGUUUUCUGUCUCUUGGUUGUAAAAUUUCACGGACAAAAUAUUACUCACAGGGAUCAGCACAUUUUAAAACAUAUAAUAAGGAUUUGGUGCUACUUCAAAUCAAUUUCUAGUACGAUUUUAUAUAAAUAUACAACAUUUUAUAUACUCUCUCUUUGAAAACAACGUCUUAAUGACUGCUUCUGUAAAAAUGAUGAAUUUAAGUCUGAUAGAAAGAUAAUUUUCGUCUGAGAUUUUAUACUUUUAGUAGUUUAUCGCAUAAAUGUAGAAAUAAUAGAAUAGAAAAUUUAUUAGAUUAAAACAUAACGUCAUUUAUAUGAGGAAUUUAGGGUAAAUUUAAACUGUUGCAUACUGGCUUGCACUAAAAUGCUUCGCUAUGUUAAUGUUAUCUGCAUGGGCGUCACUGGGGGGGAUUUUUGAGGGGGACUAAAUUCUAAUAGUUAAUUAAUUUUUACACAUAAAAAAUUCUUAUAUUUGCUAAAUUAUUUUUUUGUCGUUUCUAACUUUGAUGAAUUCAAACCGAUGAUAAUUCAUGAAAAUUUUCUGAAAAAUUCAGGGGGGGAGAUGCAUCUAAUUGUAGAGAAGUCCCCCCCCCCACACACCAACGACGUCCAUGGUUAUCAGUACGAAUACGGUAUCAUAUGUUAAUUCUACAUUUCAUGUUUAUUUUUUAUAUAAACUAAGAUAUAUUUUUCUAGUCUUAACCCAUUUGCGCCUGAUGAAGCAUGUUAGGUGUGCAUAAUUUUGGAUAAACUUUACAUUAAAAAUUUCUUUAACAGUAGGGUGGGAGUAAAAAUAAUAGCUUGAGUGCUAGUUUUUUUUUUUUUUUUAAACUGUUAAUAUUUAUUUCACUGUUUUAUAUUCAUAUGUGGAUGUGUGCUUGCGUAUUCGUGUUAGCAAAUUGUAUUGUGUAUACAUUCAACAUGUAACAUACUAUUGUCACAUGUAACGUAUUAAUGUAGUUACUAAUAUAGCCGCCCAUUGUAAACGUUUCAUAACACACAUAUACUGUCGAGCUAAUAUUUUUAUGCUAUUUCAAAGGGUGCCUUGCAAUUUCAAUACCAAUGAAAAGGUUUAAGAUAUAUGUAUUUUCCUACCAUAUGUACUAACAUAAACAACUUGUAUUUUUGUAUGUAUCUAUCUAUUUAAACAUUAUUGUUUAGCCCUAUGCAUAAAUUUUUAAAACACUUUUCCUUUUGCCUGUUUAUGUACAUGAAAUUGUGUGUAUGUAAUAUUAUACGGCACUUCAGGCAAAGUCUGUUUAUUUCUAAACUGUUGUGCCGAAAGAAUCUAGUCAUAACCACAGUGCCUCUAUCUUGGAAACUACUGCUUUUUGAAAAUGUAGGGACCAUAGAAUUUAAUAGAAUCAAAGUGUAUGGUGCCUGUUCAUAUGGUGAAAAUAGAAAGAAGUACUUUUUUCUGAUUAGAAAAAAAAUCGCUAUAUAUUUAUUUUGAAAUAAAGUGCUAUUCAAUGAAAA